AUGGCGACCAUUAUCACCGCAGCCCUCCUGCUCCUUGCUCGAAGUUCAGCUUCCAGCAUCGAUUUCUCCCGACGAACCCACGGAUUCUGCAAACAGCUUGACCUUCCAGUGUUUGCUACCGCAGAUAGUGCGGUUUACGACCUCCCGAGGGUGAACAACGACAUUGAAACCACGGCUUGGGCAAUCCAUACUGACACUUGGAGCACUCCAUUGGGUCCACCAACGGUUAUCAAGAACACUACGACUUCAGAUACUUUCAGCAUCCACGCGCAAUUAUGCGUUCCUAAGUCGCUUGCAAAGAAAAAGGACAUCCUACAGAUUGCCACUCACGGAGUGCAUUACGACUCGAGAUAUUGGGACCCUAAACUCGAUCCGGAGAAACAGUCCUAUGUUGAAGCAGCACUCCGAGAAGGGUAUUCGAUCCUCACUUAUGAUCGUUUGGGAGUUGGCCAGUCCGAUCAUCCUGAUGCAUACAACGUGGUCCAAGGGCCUUUGGAAGUCGAGAUACUUCGACAGUUGACUUUGAUGGCUCGCAAUGGCACUCUGUAUGACUUCGCAGCGAAGGCAAGACCUCUCCAUCCAGCAUUCAAAAAGUUAGCAAAACCAAGCAAGGUCGUGCACGUCGGUCAUAGCUUUGGCUCCGUGCUCACUUCCGCCUUCAUCGCAACAUACGGGCUCCUGACCGAUGGCGCAAUCAUCACAGGCUUUGUUCCGAACAAGUACCUUGCAAAAGGAGGAUAUGCAUCUUUCAACGCUGUUAAAGCUCGCGAUCGACCGAGCGGCUAUAUCGUAUGCCAAAAGAGUGGUAUCCAGACUAUUUUCUUUGCUGGCGAUCUUAAAACCGCUUUCACCAAGGAAAUGCUCGACUAUGGCGAUGCCAUCAAGCAGCCAGUCCCCAUCGGGGAAUUUGCCUCUGCCUAUCAUAUCUUAGGACGCAAAGGGCCUUCUUUCAAGGCGCCGAUACAAUACAUGUUGCCAGAGUUCGAUUUUUACAUCUGCGGCGGAGAUUGCAAGGGGAUAUUCAAUAAACAGGCUAUCAAGGAAACCUACCCUAACGCCACUGUUAUCGAAUCGGCCAUCCAGCCGAACACCGGCCAUGCUUUUACUCUCCACAACAAUGCCACUGCCGGUUAUCAAGUCACAUUCGACUUCUUGGCUAGGAAUGGGCUAUAG